CAUGGGGAUCCCGGCGCGAGGGGAUGGCGGCGAGCAGCGGAGGUAUUUCAGAGAAACGCCGGAUGUGAGCGUCACGCCGGUGGAUUUCCUGUGCUCCACGAAGGAGAGCGAUCUCUUCCUGGCGUGGAAUGUGACCAAGAUCCAGGGAUGGUGGAAAUCUAGGGCCUGCGCUAGAGAAUUCGCUGCCAUGAAAGAAGCUGCGCGUUUGCUGCAAGCGGCCUGGAGGAAGCACCAAAAUGCCAGGAGAAUACGAAGAAAACGGGGCCGAUCUAGAAAUUCACUGCACGCUGCUGCAUGGACGAUCCAACGCUGCUGGCAUUCUUACGCGAACAAGAAGAUUUUUAGAUACUACAAAGAUCUCAUCACUAACAAUGAAAAGCUCCAUCCAAGCUUGCUUCUUCGGAGAAUCAAUCCAUCAGAAGCAGCGCUAGCAGACUCGGCAACCGGCCUACACAUUCGUUUCAGGCUCGGUGGAAUCACAUUUCCUCCUUUGCUUCUCUACAAACUUUACACACACAGGCCCGUUGUGGACAUGGGAUCGUUUAGCCCCCGAAAAUACUCCGUGUCGCUACGCCGGCCUCUCACGCGCGGUCGCGAUCCUCGACGGUGUUUUCAACAGCCCGUGAAGCAAACCACAGAGGAAUACGUGCGUUGCGAGAACAAUGGAUGGAGGCUGGUUUGCGACACUGCGUGGAUGCACAACGCCGACGAGCUUAUCCAUGACAAGAAAGAGCCAUUGAAGAUCUUCUAUCCAUCCGUGGCCGCAAGACGAGAACACAAAGCCCAAGAAUCACGCAAGAAAAAACGAGCUUGGCUAAACAAACUGUAUAAAGAAGGUCGUCUAGCCGAGAUCGCUGGCACAGCCACGAGCGGUAACAGCGGUAGCGCCGAGGAUGACAAUCGAGCCAUCGAGUUAUUCCUGUGGAGCCUGGGCCUCAACUUCGAUUCUUACGAAGCUCACUGGAGCAAUCUUGCGACGAGCUGUGUCAUACCAUCUUACGAGUUCCACGACGGCCAACCUUGCUGCAUUUAAAGAAAUACCUCUCUCGCUCUACCUGGUGCUGCCACAUAGCUCUCCAAGUGGCACUGCAUGGAAACCUUGAGACAAGAAAACGAGGAUUGGUCAAGUUUAUUACCUCUUGUUCGCGUGAUCUUCACUAGGGAGGCAGGGUCACACUUGGCGAUGAUGGGAAAGACUAGUUUUACUUCCUUGCGAGCUUCCAGGAGGUGGAGCUUCAGGAACUUUGCGAGCGAUCGAGACGGUGCCAAUGCUGUAACAGGGGCGCCCAAGACGUCAGAGGCAGCCGCUAGUGAUCCUAUAGGCGAGGAGAUGCGGGCCGAUACCUUUGUCAUGGAGGACACCGAGGUUGACAAGGAUGCGGCCACUCCCGGGAGAGGAAAGAACACCAGUGGAGGCGGAGGAAGUUGGAUGGACGCGACCAGGAGUGCUGUUCGCGGCGUUGUCGAUAGAGUUAAGCAGUUCACAGGUACCAGCUAGUUUUGGGAGAAGAGUGUACAUCUGGAGCUGAAAAGAAAGAUUGAGAAAGA